AUGGAGGAUAAUCAAUGGCAUCUCUAUGACCAUGACCCUCUUCUUCUCACAGACGUUUCUUUGCAACAAGAUUCUUCUUCUUCCACUUCUCAUUGUUCCAAUUACAUUUCUUCACAAACAUCACCGAGCUCUCGGAGUUCGGCUAUGGCGGCGGAACCUCAAACUCAUGGUGGCAGCCCAAGUUACGGAUUUUCUCGGAAAAAUAGAAGCUUUCAAGGGAACAGCGUGCAUUUUGAUGACCCAGUUGUGAAAAAUGUGUUUGAUGGAAGAUCAAUGUUGGGGUACUCUUUGACUUCCCCAGAUUUCGUCAUUUGUGCUGGGUCACCAGAUAUUGCUGGAAUCAGCUAUGGUGAUUCCCCUGAGAUGUUGAAGAGCAAACAAUGCAAGAAUUUGGAGUCAUCUAUGGAGCUUUCUCUUGAGAAUGGAAUCAAUGGUUCUGAAGUUGAUGUUGACAAUGUUCAUAAGACCCCAACAGUUAAAUUCUCUGAUUUGUGUCAAACUUUUGAACAUGGGGAAGAGAUGCUAUCCCCUGAAGCCUCCUUCGAGCUUCUUCCACCCCCGGUUACCAAGGAUGAGUCUCCCCAAGACUACCCUCUUAGAGAUAAUGAAAUGCUAGAAGAUAUUGGAGUGUCUCAGGAAGCAGAAUUGGAGUCCUCAGAAGUUGUGAAGGAUAUUGGGGUGGAAGAGAAGUUUCAGAAGCUGAAGAUAGAUUUUAAGAGUCAGAGAAAGGAGCUAGAAGAAACAAGGAGGGAGUUGGGGGAGAUUAAGAGGGAGAAACAACAGAAGAGUAGAGAAUGCCAAGAAGCUUGGAACUCCUUGAAAGAGCUUCAGAAUGAGCUAAUGCGCAAGUCCAUGCACGUAGGGUCUUUAGCAUUUGCCAUUGAGGGGCAAGUGAAAGAGAAAAGCAAGUGGUUUUCAUCACUGAGAGACUUGAUGAGGAAAUUGAAGAUAAUGAAAAUGGAACACAUCAAGCUAUUAGAGGAAGCAGAGGCAAACAAGAAAUAUCAAGCAGAUAUGAGUGAAGUGGAGCUUAUUAUCAAGUCCAAAAUGAAUGAAGAACUGGAAUCACAUAAUGAUCUCAAGUCCAAGUAUAUUGAAAUGGCUAAGGAAAGAAAAGAGCUUUACAAUAAGGUUUUGGAGUUAAGAGGAAACAUAAGGGUCUUUUGCCGGUGUAGGCCUCUCAAUGCUGAAGAGAUAACAGCAGGAGCCACAAUGGCAUUAGAUUUUGAAUCUGCUAAAGAUGGUGAGCUUACUGUAAUGUCAAAUGGAGCUCCCAGAAAGACUUUUAAGUUUGAUGCUGUGUUUGGUCCCCAAGCUGAACAAGCUGAUAUUUUUGAAGACACAGCCCCAUUUGCAACCUCAGUUCUAGAUGGAUACAAUGUAUGCAUUUUUGCAUAUGGCCAGACUGGGACAGGUAAAACUUUCACAAUGGAGGGCACAGAAGAGGCUCGUGGAGUUAAUUUCAGGACUCUUGAGAAAAUGUUUCACAUAAUCAAGGAGAGACAGAAACUCUAUCGUUAUGAUGUCUCUGUAAGUGUGUUAGAAGUGUACAAUGAGCAAAUAAGAGAUUUGCUAGGAAAUCAACCAGGAAUAGCUGCAAAAAGACUUGAAAUAAGGCAAGCUGGUGAAGGAAUGCAUCACAUUCCAGGGUUGGUUGAGGCUAAUGUGAACAACAUGACUGAAGUCUGGGAAGUCCUACAAACUGGUAGUAAUGCAAGGGCUGUAAGCUCAACCAAUGCCAAUGAGCAUAGCAGCAGAUCUCACUGCAUUCACUGUGUUAUGGUGAAGGGGGAGAAUUUGUUGAAUGGGGAAUACACGAGAAGCAAAUUGUGGCUGGUGGACCUAGCAGGCAGUGAGCGUGUGGCAAAGACAGAAGUGCAAGGUGAUAGACUGAAGGAGACACAAAAUAUUAAUAGGUCUCUAUCUGCACUUGGUGAUGUCAUAUCAGCUCUUGCAACAAAAAGUUCACACAUCCCUUUCAGGAACUCCAAGCUUACACACUUGCUGCAAGACUCAUUAGGAGGAGAUUCAAAGGCACUCAUGUUUGUACAGAUCAGUCCUAAUGAAAACGAUUUGAGUGAGACAAUUUGCUCUCUGAACUUUGCUAGUAGAGUGAGGGGAAUAGAACUGGGACCUGCAAAAAAGCAGUUGGACACUACUGAACUUCUGAAACACAAACAGAUGGCUGAGAAAACCAAACAUGAGGUAAAGCUGAAGGAUUUUCAAAUCAAGAAGAUGGAGGAAACAAUCCAUGGAUUAGAGUCCAAGAUGAAGGAAAGAGAUAAUAAAAACAAAAAUCUGCAAGACAAGGUCAAGGAACUGGAAUCACAACUUAUGAUUGAGAGAAAACUAGCACGUCAACAUGUAGACUCAAAGAUAGCUGAGCAGCAUCAGAUGAAACAUCAAGAGGAGCAAAACAAUGCACUUACAAAACCAGCACUUGCAAAUCGACCACUAGGAAGUCUCAAGCAUUUUAAUGAUCCAGUGAGUGGUGGUUUGUGCAAAGACCAACUAAAUUCUACUAGACCUCUUACGGAGAACAACAUCUUAAAACCUUUUAUACCCUUUUCAACAAUGGAGAGCUCCAUCAAAUACAUUGAUCAAACUGAGAAAGAAAACAAUCCUGACAUGGCUGAAAAAGCACUACUGCCAAAAAGGAGCGGAAGAGCUUCUAUAUGCACCAUGACACCACGUGUCCCUUCAGCCAUUGCUUCAAGGCGCAGCUCUUUGAUUCCACUCCCAAGUGUACCUAGCUUAACACAGCUCCCAUCACCAUUAUUACCCAAGUUAACAAACCAAGCUGAUCAGAAUGAUGUCAAUGGGGAAUCAGAAACUAGCUUUUUGCCUACACAGACUCAUUGUGAGAGUCCCAAAGAAGUAAGAAGUGGUGUUAAGAAGAGCUUACUAAGAAGAAGCUUGCAUAAGAAAAUAGUAAAAUCUCCACUGCAACAACAUAUGAGAAAGGUUGGUGUAAAUGUAGGGAUGGAGAAAGUUAGAGUUUCCAUUGGAAGUAGAGGGAGAUUGGCACAAAGGGUGCAACUAGGAAGUGGUAGAAGAGGUGGAGCUAAAGACAUCCAACAAAAGAACAGUCACAAGGAAAAGGAAAGGGGAUGGAUCUGAAAGCUGAGUUUAUCUAGAUUUUUUUUUUUUGUAAUGUGUGGAUAGAUUAAAUUGAUUUCUUGUGUGUCACCCUUUCAAGGAAUAUGAAAAAUGAUAUGUUUUUCAUAU